GCUGGGGACAGCGCAGACUGGCAGAGAGAUCGAGGAUCCCCCUGUAGGCCUCGGACUCCUGGCCCUGCUUCCCACAGCUGGUAGCCUUGGGGCUGCCAGGAUUGCUCAGUGAAGGGCUCCCCGGGCCGUUGCCCACCCCCCCAUGUCUCUGGUCGUCAGGUGACGAGGCUGCAGCUGAUCUCACUGGACCAGCAUGUUGGCAUCCUGGACUCCUGGCCUGUGGGUGCUUGGGCUAUGGGCCACCUUCAGCCAUGGGACAAAUCUAGGUGAGCGGUGCCCAGCUUCACAGCAAGAAGGACUCAAGCUAGAACACAGUAGUGACCCAUCAACCAAUGUGACUGGUUUCAAUCUAAUCCGCCGACUGAACCUCAUGAAGACAACUGCCAUAAAGAAGAUCCGAAACCCCAAAGGACCACUCAUCUUGCGGCUGGGGGCUGUCCCACUGACCCAACCGACUCGACGAGUGUUCCCUCGGGGCCUCCCAGAGGAAUUUGCCCUGGUCCUGACAGUCCUUCUGAAGAAGCACACCUACCGGAACACAUGGUACUUGUUCCAAGUGACUGAUGCAAAUGGGUACCCACAGAUCUCCUUGGAAGUCAACAGCCAGGAGCGGAGUCUAGAGCUCCGGGCACAGGGCCAAGAUGGUGACUUUGUGUCCUGCAUUUUCCCAGUGCCCCAGCUCUUCGAUCUGCGUUGGCACAAGCUGAUGCUGAGCGUGGCAGGCCGUGUGGCCUCUGUACACGUGGACUGCGUCUCAGCCUCCUCCCAGCCUCUGGGGCCCCGGCAAUCCAUCCAGCCUGGGGGACAUGUAUUUCUGGGCUUGGAUGCUGAGCAGGGCAAGCCAGUUUCAUUUGACCUUCAGCAGGCGCACAUCUACUGUGACCCUGAGCUGGUGCUGGAGGAAGGCUGCUGUGAGAUCUUACCGGGAGGGUGUCCCCCAGAGACCUCCAAGUCGCGCCGGGACACCCAGAGUAAUGAGCUCAUUGAGAUCAAUCCUCAGACAGAGGGCAAGGUCUACACCCGCUGCUUCUGCUUGGAGGAACCUCAGAGCAGCAAGGUGGACACACAGCUGGUGGGAAGAAGCAGCCAGAAGGCAGAACGGGGGACAAAGGCCCACCAGGAGACUGGAGUCAAUGAGUGCCCACCCUGUGCCCACAGUGCCCGGGAGAGCAAUGUCACACUCAGUCCCUCUGGCCUCAAGGGAGGGAAAGGUGAACGAGGCCUGACUGGACCAUCAGGCCCCAAGGGAGAGAAGGGAGCACGGGGCAAUGACUGUGUUCGAGUCUCCCCAGAUGCUCCACUUCAGUGUGCAGAAGGCCCGAAAGGAGAAAAGGGAGAAUCGGGGGACUUGGGACCCUCAGGACUCCCAGGAUCAACAGGCCAGAAGGGUCAGAAGGGGGAGAAGGGUGACGGAGGCCUCAAAGGACUGCCAGGAAAGCCUGGACGAGACGGUCGGCCUGGAGAGAUCUGUGUCAUUGGGCCCAAAGGGCAGAAAGGAGACCCUGGCUUUGUUGGGCCUGAGGGACUGGCAGGAGAGCCUGGGCCCCCUGGCCUCCCCGGACCACCUGGGAUAGGACUGCCUGGGACUCCUGGAGAUCCAGGUGGCCCACCAGGACCUAAGGGAGAAAAGGGCAGCUCUGGAAUACCAGGAAAGGAAGGCCCAGGAGGGAAGCCGGGGAAGCCAGGAGUGCCUGGGACUAAGGGAGAGAAGGGUGACCCCUGUGAAGUGUGCCCAACAUUGCCUGAAGGGUUCCAGAAUUUCGUGGGGCUCCCUGGAAAACCAGGGCCUAAAGGGGAACCAGGUGAUCCUGCUCCAGUCAGGGAGGGCCUAGGAACUGUUGGGCUGAAAGGUGAUCGGGGAGAUCCAGGCAUCCAAGGAGUGAAAGGAGAGAAGGGGGAACCCUGCUCAUCCUGCAGUUCAGGUGUUGGGGCCCAGCAUCUUGGGCCUUCCACAGCGGGCAGUGAAGAUGUAGGCUCCCCUAGCCAUGGCUUACCUGGUCUUCCGGGCAAGUCUGGAAUUCCGGGGCCAAGAGGCAUGAAAGGAGAGAAGGGUAGUUUCGGGGAUGCAGGGCCGGCUGGAGAUCCGGGGCCACCAGGACCAGUGGGACCAGCUGGCAUCAAAGGGGCAAAGGGAGAGCCGUGUGAGCCCUGUGCAGCCUUGUCCAAGCUACAAGAUGGGGACACUCCUGUGGUUCAUUUGCCCGGCCCAGCUGGAGAGAAGGGAGAGCCUGGGCCCCCCGGCUUCGGGCUGCCUGGGAAGCAGGGUAAAGCAGGAGAGCGUGGACUCAAGGGGCAAAAGGGAGAUGCUGGGAAUCCAGGAGACCCUGGAACGCCAGGCACCACAGGGCAGCCUGGAAUAUCUGGAGAGCCUGGGGUUCGGGGUCCGGCAGGACCAAAAGGAGAAAAGGGUGAUGGAUGCACUGCCUGCCCUAGCCUGCAGGGGGCGUUGACCGAUGUAUCGGGACUGCCUGGGAAACCAGGUCCCAAAGGAGAGCCAGGUCCUGAAGGUGUGGGUCGGCCGGGUAAACCAGGCCAGCCUGGUCUACCGGGAGUUCAAGGGCCCCCAGGACCGAAGGGCACUCAGGGAGAGCCUGGACCUCCAGGCACAGGUGCUGAGGGACCCCAGGGGGAGCCUGGAACCCAGGGUUCGCCUGGCACUCAGGGCCUUCCGGGACCUCGGGGACCACCUGGCUCAACUGGAGAAAAAGGUGCCCAGGGACCUCCAGGGCCCAAAGGAGCCACAGGACCCAUCGGACCUCCUGGUGCCAGUGUCUCUGGGCCUCCGGGCCAAAAAGGAUCACGAGGAGAGAAAGGUGAACCAGGAGAGUGUUCCUGUCCUUCUCGGGGAGAGCCCAUCUUCUCUGGCAUGCCGGGUGCUCCGGGACUGUGGAUGGGCAGCUCCUCGCAGCCGGGCCCGCAGGGUCCCCCAGGUGUCCCCGGACCACCAGGUCCCCCCGGAAUGCCUGGACUGCAGGGAGUGCCUGGACACAAUGGUUUGCCAGGACAGCCUGGGCUCACUGCCGAGCUGGGAUCCUUACCCAUUGAGCAGCACCUCCUCAAGAGCAUCUGUGGUGACUGUGCCCAGGGCCAGACGGCUCAUCCAGCCUUCCUUCUGGAGAAAGGAGAAAAGGGGGACCAGGGCAUCCCUGGCGUGCCAGGUUUCGACAACUGUGCCAGGUGCUUCAUAGAGAGGGAUCGCCCAAGAGCUGAGGAGGCCAGGGGAGACCACAGUGAGGGAGAACCUGGCUGUCCUGGGAGUCCUGGCCUGCCUGGUCCUCCAGGAAUGCCAGGCCAAAGAGGAGAAGAGGGUCCACCUGGCAUGAGGGGCUCCCCCGGUCCUCCAGGACCUAUUGGCCCCCCAGGUUUUCCUGGUGCUGUUGGCUCCCCCGGAUUGCCCGGUCUUCAAGGGGAGCGAGGCCUCACGGGCCUGACUGGAGACAAAGGAGAACCGGGUCCUCCAGGACAACCUGGUUACCCAGGUGCCAUGGGCCCCCCAGGACUGCCUGGUAUCAAGGGAGAACGAGGAUACGUUGGCCCUGCAGGAGAGAAGGGAGAGUCGGGCCCACCAGGAUCUGAAGGCCUUCCAGGUCCCCAAGGUCCAGCGGGUCCCCGAGGAGAGCGAGGACCCCAGGGGAGCUCUGGAGAGAAGGGUGAUCAGGGAUUUCAAGGCCAACCGGGCUUCCCAGGCCCGCCGGGUCCCCCAGGAUUCCCAGGCAAAGCUGGAGCUCCUGGCCCACCUGGCCCCCAAGCAGAGAAGGGCAGUGAAGGGAUUCGAGGUCCCUCAGGUUUGCCUGGUUCUCCCGGGCCACCAGGCCCUCCCGGGAUUCAGGGCCCUGCCGGGCUGGACGGACUGGAUGGGAAGGACGGCAAGCCUGGCCUGAGGGGGGACCCAGGUCCCGCUGGCCCUCCUGGACUCAUGGGACCUCCAGGCUUCAAGGGGAAAACAGGGCAUCCCGGCCUCCCUGGGCCUAAGGGUGACUGUGGAAAACCAGGUCCUCCUGGCAGCAGUGGCCGGCCGGGUGCAGAGGGUGAGCCCGGUGCCAUGGGACCCCAAGGACGACCAGGACCCCCAGGGCAUCUUGGGCCACAGGGGCCUCCCGGCCAGCCAGGUCCACCUGGGAUCUCCACUGUGGGCCUGAAAGGAGAUCGAGGAACCCCUGGAGAAAGGGGCUUGGCAGGCCUCCCAGGCCAGCCUGGCACACCCGGACACCCCGGCCCUCCAGGUGAACCUGGUUCGGACGGUGCAGCUGGCAAAGAGGGACCUCCUGGAAAGCAGGGACUCUAUGGACCUCCCGGCCCAAAGGGUGACCCAGGACCUGCAGGACAGAAGGGCCAAGCUGGAGAAAAGGGAAGAUCUGGCAUGCCUGGGGGGCCUGGCAAGAGCGGCUCCAUGGGACCUAUCGGACCACCGGGUCCUGCAGGAGAGAGAGGCCACCCUGGGUCCCCAGGGCCUGCAGGGAACCCUGGAUUGCCUGGUUUGCCGGGCUCAAUGGGAGACAUGGUGAAUUAUGAUGAUAUCAAGAGGUUUAUCAGACAAGAGAUCAUUAAACUGUUUGAUGAGAGGAUGGCUUACUACACCUCCAGGAUGCAGUUCCCCAUGGAGGUGGCAGCAGCUCCAGGCCGACCAGGGCCUCCGGGGAAGGACGGUGCUCCAGGGCGGCCAGGUGCUCCAGGGUCACCCGGGCUCCCUGGUCAGAUAGGCCGAGAAGGACGCCAGGGUUUGCCAGGAAUGAGAGGACUGCCUGGUACCAAAGGUGAAAAGGGAGACAUCGGUGUUGGCAUUGCAGGAGAAAAUGGUCUCCCUGGCCCUCCAGGUCCUCAAGGGCCUCCAGGCUAUGGCAAGAUGGGUGCAACUGGGCCAAUGGGCCAGCAAGGCAUUCCUGGGAUCCCCGGCCCCCCGGGUCCCAUGGGCCAGCCAGGGAAGGCAGGCCACUGCAACCCCUCAGACUGCUUUGGGGCCAUGCCAAUGGAGCAGCAGUACCCACCCAUGAAAAGCAUGAAGGGGCCUUUCGGUUGACACUCCCACUCCCACUGAGAUGAAGGACUCUACUAGGAAUAAAUGGGCAAAGCUUACAGGACUCUGAUGGGUUGUGAAUGUUUGUACUAUUCCUGUGUUUGUUGUUGUUGUUGCUGUUAAUAUUUUUUUAACAAUAAAGAAAACUAUUUGUAACCCCACCUCCAUGGGGUUCCCUUGGUGCUGCA